UGUAAACAAAUAAAAUAAAACAAGUCUUAAAACUAAAAUAAAUUUACCAUUAAAACUUAAAUUAGUGGAAAUGGCUGCGAGAGAUCGAAUCUACAGCGACUUUGCGACGUAUGUCGCGGAAUCGGGGAAACUGGACGAGCUGAAAACCCUGUCAGCCGACCUCGACUCCGACAUCGAAGAUUCGCGGAACUUUAUGAAGCAAAUACAGAAAAUGUACGCCGAAGCUUCGAUUAUACAGACCCCUAGAGAUGCGGAGCCGUCUAACACGAACAGUGACUUGGCCCAACACGACGAAAUCACAAAGUUCUUAGAGUGCGGUCCGCCGCGGCUCCUGCUGCCCGAUAUGUCUCAUUUAUACGACUGCGAAGUGGACAUCGACCAAACCCUGUCUCAACUAAAGUCUGUAUUAGACUCUUUACCCAAAAUCGAUAGGAAAGCUGAAGUAUUCAACCUAAAACCUGGUCUUACAGACCUUGACUUCAGUAGUGAUCUAGAGCAGCAUGCUUCCAGUCUGAACUUGGUGAAUAAGCGACUCACUUAUCUUAAAAAUAUCAAGAAUACUGGACGAGAUGAAAGAAACAUGGAGUUGGAGGCCAAGUUUGAGCACCUGUGCCAGGAUGUGGAUCUAUUUACUAAAAUGGUGGAAGCAAAGUCUAAAAUGGCAGAGUCCCGCACCAUGCUGCUGGCAGAGACAGACUGUUUCCGGUACAAUGAGCUUAUAGAAAAACAACUUGGGCUUAUAAAUGAAGUAUCCCUACUCUUGCAAAACAAAAACUAGUAAAAAUACUACAGUAAUUAUUUCAUAUUUGCCAGAUUCAAGUUUAUUUGUAACUUUAACAAGCUGUGAGUACUGAACUGACUAAUCUGUGAAAGGUCUGGUCUAAAGUAAGCUUCCUGGCUGAGGCAGAUAUUAUUAAAUUUCAAAAUAUAGAUGUGACCGAAUUAUGUAUGAAUAAUAUUUAAUCAGGCUCAUAAGCACAUUAAGAAUAGCGGGUACAGUAAGUAAUGCAAAAUGCUUUGAAAUACAGAGGUGGUUUAUUGAUGCGAAGCAAGGAUAUAAUCUAGGUGUAUAUUGUUAUUGUAUGUUAGUAUUUAAAUGAAAUAAAAACAGUUAAAAUUG